AUGACAUCUACUAGACAGUUUCUACUGGCCGGUUUGGCGCUUGUGUUUAUUUACGGAGCAGCUGAAUGUAGAAGAAAUUACAAAUGUCCUUCAGGAUGCUCGUGCACCAAGGAGACGAUCAUCUGCGUGGGAACCUCACAGAUCCCGAAGACUAUACCGAGCGAGAUCAACUCACUGAGCAUGGUGAAUGGGUCUAUUUCUGAAGUCACAGAGGGAAUGUUUUCACUAAUGCCCUCUCUCCAGCUGCUACUUUUAAAUGCAAACUCCAUGACUACAAUCAAAGAUGAUGCUUUUUCUGGACUUCCACAUCUGGAAUAUUUAUUCAUUGAAGGGAACAAGAUUGAAACAAUCACCAAAAAUGCCUUUCGUGGUCUGCGAGAUUUGACUCAUCUAUCACUUGCCAAUAACAAGAUGAGGUUUCUGCCUAGAGAUCUCUUCUUCGACUUGGAUUCGUUACUGGAAGUAGAUCUGCGGGGAAACUCUUUCCAAUGCAACUGCGAUAACAAAUGGCUGAUGACAUGGCUGAAAAACACAAAUGCCACAGUAUCAGAUGUCUUCUGUGCCGGACCCAGUGACAUGAAGGGCAAGCGUCUCAACGACCUCCCUAUUCCACCGGGCGAGUGUAUCUCCACAGACUUUGUGCGUCAUCAGUCCAUUCCUAUUCAGUCCAUGUCAGCGGAUAUCUUCUCCUUCAAAGAGGACAUCUACGUGGCCAUGGCGGCCCCCAACUCUAACAGCUGUGUGGUCAUGGAGUGGGACCAUAUUGAAAUGAAUUUCAGGAAAUUUGACAACAUAACAGGAAAGUCUGUGGUCGGUUGUAGGUCUGUUCUGAUCAACAACCAUGUCUUGAUAAUUGUUACUCAGCUCUUUGGCGGCUCUCAUAUUUACAAGUUUGACGAUCAACAGAACAAGUUCACAAAGUUUCAAACCAUCGAGGUCUUUAACAUUUCGAAGCCAAACGACAUCGAGGUCUUCCAGAUGGAUGGUGAUUGGUACUUCCUGAUUGUGGACUGUUCAAAGGCCGGUUUAUCUACUCUGUACAAGUGGACUGAUCAACCUGACCGCAAUGAAACUGGUUUCUACUCCUACCAGUUCCUCCAUGAGUGGUUUCGCGACACAGAUGCUGAGUUUGUCGAGAUGGAUGGGAAGUCAUACCUCAUUGUAGCCAGCCGCUCUCAGGCCCCUGUCAUGUACUUGUGGAACAAGAGCACCCUGAAGUUCAUCCUUCACGGUGAAAUCCCAAAUGUUGAUGAUGUUGUGGCAGUCAAAGCAUUCCAGUUGGAGGGGGACUUGUUUCUAGCCAUGACUUGUUACAUUGGUGACUCCAAAGUGCUCAAAUGGACCAAUAAGCAGUUUACUGAGGUUCAGGCUCUGCCAUCUCGUGGAGCUAUGAUCCUUCAACCCUUCACCUUCUCAGACAGGCACUACCUAGCCCUUGGCAGCGAUUAUUCCUUCACACAGAUCUACCUCUGGGACACGGAGACCAAAACAUUUCAUAAAUUCAAAGACAUAUAUGUUCAAUCGCCUCGCUCAUUCAUUGCAGUCACCACAGAUCGCAGGAAUUUCAUCUUCUCCUCCAGUUUUAAGGGAAAAUCCAUGGUCUUUGAGCAUAUCUUUGUAGAUUUAAGCCUAUAAUGCCAAGUAAAAUAAUGACUAAUCACAUUUUUAGUCAGCCAAAUAGCUUAAUAAUGUACGUAUGCUAUAAAGGAAUCUCAAACGCAGCUUACAUUCCUUAUGCAACCAGAUUUACCCUGUUUGGUUUAGGAAUAACAUCACUGAUGGUGUUAAAUAUGGUUACACAACCAAAACUCACAGAGCCAGUGUCUCAAACCUUCCUACUUUUUCACUUUCUUGCACUUGACUACAUUGAUGAGGUGGAUGUUUUUUCUUAUUGCCAAGUGUAGAAAGCUACAAGAUUGGACAAGUGUAGCUCCAUCAAUUUAGAUGUCUUGUAGGUUUUGCAGAGAGUUUACUACAAAUGUUCUUCUUAGAAAAUGUUUUGACUCCACCACCGAGAGUAAAACAAAAAGUCACCAUAGACUUACUCUUAACUCUGUGCCUGAAGAAGUUUUUUUUUCGGUAGCUGGAUCUUUGUCUUUUCGGGAGACACAUUAAAGCCAUAGCAUCCUAAUAACUGUAUUUACUGAUGUUUAAAAUGUGCAUGAAACAGCGACCUCUGUCAAAUUUUACUGCAGAUUGUGUUAGCUAAAUAUUUAUAGCUUCAGCCUAACUGCCUCUAUACAUUGAUAACAAACUCCUGUAUGAACAGAGUGUACAAGAAGUGGCUUAACAGAAUGUAAUCAACGUCUAAUUUCUAUGCAAAAUGCCUAAUACUGAAUGUUGCUCUGAAUUACAAUCACAAAGUUAAUUUUGAGCUGCUAUUUGACAUGAAAUUGGAUAAUUCAAAUGUUUUUAAGACACAAAUGAGUCCUUGUCUUUUUCAUUUUUUGAUAUUUUUUAUGCAGUCUUGUUAGCUCUUAUUGUAAACGUUUGAACAUUAAUAAC